AGCAAUAGCCAUGCCCUGCGAUAUAUGGCAAAGAAUGGCGCAUUUCCGACGGGCAAUGGAAGGGGCUAAGGGCGUAUUCUGUGUUGAAUUGGGAUAUUCCGGUAUAAUAUCCCAAACAAUCUCGCUUCCCUUCUUUCUCGUAUUCUCCUUCUCUCUGUUUUUAUACUACUGUGCCUGCCUGAGUCCUCUCCUUCUGCCUCGUCCCCGCUCCUCUUCAUUAAUUCUCGAUUCCUUGAAAAGAGAAUCAUAUACACCCAUCAGUCAUAACUACAGAAAAGAAACCUCGUCGCAGCUUUUUUUUUACUAGUAUUAAAUCCAGAAAUCAAUUAACUUCGAUGGGUACCUGAAAAUACUGGUGUCUGAAACAAACACCAAUUGGUUCAUGAAGAAGACACUACCUUCAGGUACCCAUCGGAGUUAAUUAAUUUCCGGAUUUAAUAUUAGUGGACUUCUCGGUUAAUUUCCUGACUUUUUUUCCCGUUUUUCUUUUCUAUUUUAGUACAUGAUCAAAUUAACGAAAGAGAGCCGUGAAGAAUCUCCGGCGCAUGGAAUUUAGAGUGGCAGCUGUGAAGAUGGGGAGGAAAGGCCAGAAGAAAAUCCUUAGAGAUCAUAUAUUGAGAGAAGUAGCCAGCUUGAGCUUUCUACUAGAGAGAUAUCAAAUGAGGAAUCAGGCAUAUCAACAACAACCAACUUUGUAUGCAAUUGUUUUCAUCUUCUUAGACAGGGGUUAGUUAAUUUAUCAUAUGUUAUGUGCACAGGAACGAAGAGUAAGUAAGAGGUUGGAGGCCAGGAUGGAGGAGCUGCAGUCAGAAAUGGACGCCCUAAACGAGGAACAAUCAAGAUUAAGACAAGGGCAAAGAGAAAUGAAACAACAUUUUGAAAAGAUCAAAGCGGAGUGUGCACAGCUGAGACAGGAGACCAGCCUCCUUCUCCAGCAAAAUGCAGGCUCCCAGCUUCGCCUUGUUGCGAGCAAACGUGGUUCUAUCUAAUUAACAUCUUUAAAAUUAAUUAGAGGACAUGGGUUAAUUUUGCCUUUGCCAUAUGUUGCUGUGUUAAAUUAAUUAUCAAUAUAAAUUUCACCCUCCA